AUGUUCUCAAAACCGCAUUUUGAAGUCUACAGUCUCUCCACAAGUGGCUCCCUCCUUAGCACCGAACUCAUCUACAUCUUCGAUUCCCGCGCUGAAAGAUCUACCCACUCCCUCAAAUUCCUCUACCACGAAUCUGCCUCCCUCCCUAUCCCGCUCCCCACUCUCACCCAGACCUCCGUCCCCAGCAGCCUCGAAUACCUCGGCUACAUUCGGGGCGAAUCCCGCGUGAAGAGGGCGCGCGCGCUCGCUAAAAACGUGCAACGGAGUGUCGAGCAACCAUUUAAAAGAUUCACGAAUGACGUUAUAGAAAUUUGGAUUAAAAGAAGAUUACUGCUCUGGGAUCGGGAUCGCACGCCGUGUGAAGUUGACGACUCGAUUUUGGAUGAGGAAACUCUUAAGACUAGGGAUAAGAAUGGAGGACUCUCGAAGUACGCAAAGGGGAUGAUUAGGCAUGGAAAGAACGGGGAUUAUGACUCUUCAUUUUCAUCUUCAUCCUCGUCUUCACUUGCCUCCACCUCCCCAUCUCAACUUUCCCUCGGCCGCUCAACCCGAGAAUCCCACAGGCGUCUCUCUCGAGCCCGAACAACGCACAAUCCCCCCUCAAGCACACACAGCUGGUCCUCAAAAUCCUCUUCCAACCCCCCCAAACGCUUCUCCUUCUCUGUUUCCCUUUCCGCGAAUUCAAGUUCAAAUCCCCGACACAAAUCUUCACCCCACUCUCGUUCUCAUUCUCGCUCUCGCGCUCCCCCCUCUUCCUAUCACGACCAAAAUUCCGAUUACGAUUCCGGAAUCGGUAUGUCCGAAGACAAGUUCAACCCCCACGAUGACGACGAUGCAAAAUCAUCGAUAUCCUAUUCAUCCAUCAACCCCGGCUCAUCCAUCUCGCAUUCUGAUCGUUCCUCUUCUUCUUCCCACUCCUCUGCACCCCGUUCAUCCCAUCGCGCCCACCCCAAAAAGGAUGUCUCACCCGCUAUCUCCGAUCUCGACGACCAGCGCAAACAAGAAGACGCUGUCCGUGAUCGCAUCUUUAGAGAUAAGAAAGCUGAGUUGAGGAAUUCUUCUUCUUCUCCUUCUUCUUCUCGUCACCCCCCUCCUUCUUCUUCAGGUUCAGGAUCCCAAUCCCGAUCAAGAGCACAAUCACGAAGAAGUCAAACCCCCACCCACGCAUUCCACGCACCGCGUUCUAGUGAUCCGUUUGGACUUAAUGAUCCGUUUCGACUUUCGGGUGCGGGGGAGCCGGGGUCUAAUCCAUGGAUUCGGCGAUGA